AUGCCACCCAAAUUUGGAGCCGCAAAGGUUAUAUGUCCCGUGUGUGAAAAACGCGUGUAUCCCAUGGAAUCGGUCAACUUUGAAGGGGAGACUUAUCACAAAGCUUGUAUGAAAUGCACCCACUGUGGCAAAACAGUCAGCAUCAAGGGACUUGCGGCGAUCAAUGGGAAAAUUUAUUGCAAGCCUCAUUUUGCCGAGCUCUUCAAGAGCAGUGGGGGGAGAUAUGAAAGCUUUCAGGGUGAAUCAGGAUUCAAAGAUAAGACAGAGUUUGCUGGUCCUUCAGAUGAUAGCAAAGAGGAACCUGCUGCUGCAGCUCCAGCUAGCAAAGAGGAAACUAGCGAAGAGUAG